AUGACCAAGUCAAUCCCAACACCCUACGGUUACCCACUGUUGGGUAACAUCCUCGAGAUCGAUCCUCAGAACCCAACUCAAAGUCUCGCAAGACUCGCUGCGAUCCAUGGACCAAUCUUUAGAUUGAGACUGCCAGCCGAACGCAUCUUUGUCGCCAAUUUUGCCUGUGCCGAACCUCUUUUCGACGAGAAGAAUUUCCAGAAGUCUGUAUCGGGUCCCCUGGAGCAGGUGCGCAACGCAGCCCACGAUGGACUCUUCACCGCGUAUCCCGACGAGCCCAAUUGGGCGGUUGCUCAUCGCACCCUGAUGCCUGCUUUUGGCCCUCUGCCUAUUCAAUCAAUGUUUGGAGAGAUGCAAGAUAUUGUGUCUCAGAUGGUUUUGAAGUGGGCUAGAUUCGGUCCUGAGAACCCCAUCGAUGCUAGCCAUGACUUCACCAGGCUCACACUCGAUUCGAUUGCACUCUGCGCAAUGGGCACCCGUUUCAACUCCUUCUACCACGAUGAGAUGCAUCCGUUCGUCGAUGCUAUGGUCGGAACACUUUCAGAGUCGUUUGCCAGAUCAAGACGUCCUCCCAUGACUGGCUUCCUGUACAAGAAGCAAGAUGAAAAUUACAGGCUCGACAUCCAGGUCAUGAAGGAUACUUCAAAGCAACUUCUUGACGACAGAAGGAAACACCCCAGCGACAAGAAGGAUCUUUUGAACGCAAUGAUCAACAAUGUGGACUCCAAGACUGGUCAGAAGCUUAGUGACGAUUCGAUCAUCAACAACAUGAUCACUUUCUUGAUUGCUGGCCAUGAGACUACAUCUGGACUGUUAUCGUUCCUUUUUUACGAGCUGCUCGAGAGCCCAGAAGCGUAUGCAAAAGCAGAAGAAGAAGUCGACAAAGUGUGUGGCAAGAAUCCCAUCACUGUGGAGCACAUGGGAAAGCUUCCGUACAUCGAGGCCUGCCUAAGGGAAACGCUUCGUCUACACCCAACGGCGCCAGCGUUCACCGUCGAAGCAAAAUCUGAUCAAGACCUCAAUGGCUAUGCGGUGAAGAAAGGAGAGUCUGUCAGCAUCAUGCUUCCCAGGCUCCAUAGAGACCCAGAAGUCUAUGGUGCGGACGCUGAGAGCUUCAGACCCAGUCGCAUGAUGGGCGAGUCUCUUGAGAAGCUGCCGUCCAACGCUUGGAAGCCUUUUGGUAACGGUAUCCGCGCUUGCAUCGGUCGUCCAUUCGCUUGGCAAGAAGCCUUGCUCACCGUGGCAACACUUCUCCAGAUUUUCAGAUUCUCCAAACAUCAGCCAAACUACAAUCUCAAGAUCAAGACUGCCUUGACCAUCAAGCCUGAUGGCUUUUUCAUUCGGGCCACUGUCAAGGACCCCGACUUCCUAGAAGCUGCUGGCCUGGGCUUCUCCCAAGCAGACACCAAGUCUAGUCAAAAGAAAGGCGGAAAAGGCGGCAAGCAUGUCGACGACAAGAAUUUGACUCCCUUCACCGUCCUGUACGGUUCCAACACUGGAACCUGUGAGGCUCUCGCGCAAGCACUGGUCGAUGCAGCUCCGGAUAACGGAUUCUCGGCUACUUCGGCUACCUUGGACAGCGUUUCUGGAACGCUGCCAAAGACUCCGCUUGCCAUCAUAACUCCAAGUUAUGAGGGUCAACCUCCAGACAACGGUGCCCACUUCAUGGAGUGGCUCAAGUCUGCGGACAAAGAGCAGCUAAAGCCUGUCCCUUACGCCGUGUUUGGUGUCGGUAACAAGGAAUGGCGAGCCACUUACCAGAAGAUUCCUACUCUGGUAGAUGACGCUUUCCAGGCUGCCGGGGCCACACAGUUGACCAGGAGAUACGCCGCAGACGUCACCGAUGGCAAUAUCUUCGACAACUUCGACGCCUGGCUGCAAGAUGAAUUCUGGCCAGCCCUGCGCAAGGCGACCGGUCAAAAGGCCGAUUCAGGGGCAGGAAGCGGCGGUGUCAAGGAGCUCAAGAUCACCAUCGACACCAACGUUCGUUCUGAACAUCUGCGUUCAGAUGUUCAGCUUGGUGAAGUUUGUGAGACCCGCUUGCUGACGUGCCCUGGUGCACCGAGGAAGCGUCACAUUGGUAUCAGGCUGCCUACUGGUACUGAAUAUCGUGCUGGCGACUACUUGGCGGUACUUCCCAUCAACCCUGCGGAGGUCGUCAGACGGGUCAUGGCUCGCUUCAAGGUGCCUUGGGAUGCAGUCAUGAAGAUCGAUCCUUCCGUAUCGACUGCACUUCCCACCGAUGUUUCUUUGCCUGUUCAGUCGGUUCUCGCAAGUAUGGUAGAGUUGAACCUACCUGCUACCCGCAAAGCUGUGACUUCAGUCAUCGAAAGCAUACCGGAUUCCAAGCUUGCAGACCAACUCACCAAGAGCUCUCAGGAUGAGGGCUUUCAGAAGAGCAACCCUUCCUUGCUCGACAUUCUCGAGGAAUACCCAACUGCAACCUUCUCCCUGGGACAAUUCUUGGCUUCCAUGACCCCCAUGCGCCUCCGCCAGUACAGUAUUUCUUCGAGUCCCCUCGCAGACCCCAAUGUCUGUACCUUGACCUACAGCGUCAUUGAUGCGCCCUCGAAAUCGAAAGCCAACAAGAAUGGACACAGAUUCCUCGGUGUGGCCACCACUUAUCUCGAGCGUCUCUCGGUUGGAGACCAAGUUCACGUCGGCCUGCGACCCAGCCGUGCGGGCUUCCAUUUGCCCAACGACGACUCGAAGCCCAUCAUCAUGGCUUGCGCCGGCACCGGACUCGCGCCCUUCUACGCCUUUGCCGCCGAGAGAGCUAUCAAGAAAGCCGGCGGUAUCGAGACUGGACCGGCACUUCUCUUCUACGGCUGCAAUCAUCCCGACGAGGACGACAUGUACAGGGAAGAGUUCGACAAGUGGGAGAAACAGGGAGUCAUAUCCGUCCGUCGUGCCUACACGCAUGCACCGGAGGCGUCAGAGGGCUGUAAAUUCGUCCAGGAUCGUGUCUGGCACGACAGAGAAGAUGCUAUCGAGUUCUUCAAGAAGGAUGCUGAAUUGUACAUCUGCGGUGCUGGCGUAAUUGGUUCGGGUGUCGAGGAUGCAAUGGCUCGUAUCCGAAUGGAACAGAAGGGUGUUGAUAGAAAGACCGCUGACGAGUGGGUCAAGUCUACAAAGGGCGAGAGAUUCUGGGCGGAUAUCUUCUCUUAG